AUGGACGACUCGCGCCUGAUCGGCGUCUCGCCGCUCAAGCUCUCUAAGCGCGCAUCCACCGACGUCGCCUUUGUCUUUGUCUUCCUCCUCUCGGUCGGCGCUGCCGUCGCGUGCGGGCUCCACGGCGCGGCGAACGGCGACCUGGAGGCGCUCACCUCGCCCCCAGAGGGCUGCGGCCCCAAGCCCGGCGCGGGCGUCGCGCGCCGCCUUCUCGCCUCCGCGCCCGACCCAGUCCCGACCACCAUCUUGCGCCACGCCUGGUACCUACUGCCGCUCACGGCCAUUGUCGCUGCCGCCGGCGGAGGGAUGGUGCUCGCGCUGCGCUCCUGUGCGCGGCCCUUUGUCUACUCUUCGAUGGCGCUCAUUCCCAUCUCGAUGGCGUCCUCCGGCGCCGCGGUGCUCUCCCAGUCGCCCCCCCUCGGCUACAUCAUGUUUGGCGUGGCGGCCCUGUACGUGCUGCUCCUCUGGUGCUCGCGCCGCGGGCUCCGUCUGUGCGCGGCGCUGCUGGAGAACGCGGCGGUCGUGCUC